UGUGUGUGAAGCCAGGGCGACGCUGAGUGGAGGCAGCCUGCUGCGGACGUGUGACAUGGCCCUGCUCGUUUCGGAAAGGUGACCAAGCAAGAUGUUGAGUCGAAGGCUAAAUGAGGUAUCUCAGAUGGCCUCUGCACAUCCUGGCGGAGUGGACCCAGGGAAAGAGCUGUCGUCUGCAUGGAAAAGUCUGAGUCAGACCAAAGCUGCAUUACGGCACAUUGAGAACCGCCUGGAGGCAGUCCCUGGCACAGGGGUGCUGCUAAACUCAGUCAUGGACACCAAGAAAGCAUCCAGCACCACCACGAGGAAGAUUAGCAACAGAGAAGGGCGACACGCUGCGGACACUUUCCAAGGCCAGGUCUCUAAGUCAAGAACUCGGAGUUGCCGCAGCCCCGAAAAAAGCUCGCGCAGUCCUCUAAGGACAACCACGCUGGACAGCAACGUGCGACGGACUGGCUGCGUGGAGUUCAAGGAGCCGCUUGCCUCUUAUAGAGAGCCCUCUCCAUUGCCUUUGACUUCUUCCCAGCAUGAGGCUCAAAAUCUGAUGUCUGUGGUGCCUCCUUCCCCUAACCGUGAAAUGCGGCUGAGCCAACUAGUGUACCGGCGAGACACACGUGACCAGCAGACCAGUGAAAUAGGCAACACCUUCCCCUCAGCCCCUGACAACACUGUGGUGCGUUACCUCAAUGACCGACCUGCUCUUGAUGCUCUUCGUCAGCCAGUGACCAGGUCCAACGAGUCUUCUCAUGGAGAGUCACUGCUAGCUGAAGCCCCACAGUCCUCCAGCCCAAGUCCCACCUCCCAGCGGCUGGAGAAUCUGAGACGUAAGCAACCUGAUGAUAAGCUGGAGAAACUUAAGGAGAGGAUCCGCCGGCAGCGUGAGCAUCUAGAGGAAGCAGCUGAAGCACAGAGGAUGUUGGAAUGCCUGCAGCAGCCAAGGUGUGUGGCCAAUGGAACUGAGAGCGUGGCAGCAGCAGCACCCAUCGCCAAAGUGCGCAAGGUGGCAGCUGCUCCCCCAGCCCCUGUAUAUAAAGGUUUCAACCCCAGUGUGCCGAAGGUCCUCACUCCCACUGGGAAAGAAUGGUGUGAGGAAGACUUCCAGAAAUUGAGUACAGAUAUCUACCCAGAUCUGUCCGUUCAGCUGGCAGCAGAGAAAGCACAGAGCAUACCAAAGCCAGUGGACAGAGGUCAGGACAAGAAACCCUGCAAGCCCGUGAGAAAAGUGCACAAGUGGGCUCCCCAGCCCACUUCUGACACCAAGCCAGCUGCUCCAGUAAUCAGUACCUCAUCUUGGCGGGAAGGUCAGAAGCUGGUUGAAAUGGUUUUGGGACCGACACCUCGGCUUCCCCGUGAGCUGAGAGCAGAGCCUGUAGAGACUGCUGAAAGGAAAGGUCCUCCACGGGCAAAGUCUGACUCCCGAACAGAGUCCUGCAGGAGGCCCAGAGCAAGCAGCACUGACAGUUCGAAGAAACGGGUUGCUUUUGGGGAGCAGGUUAAGGGGGUGCAGCUCAAGAAACUAUCAGCGGGACUGGGGGAAGAAACCAAGAGGACAGUGAAUGACUUCCUUCCAUCAGACAUGCAGGGGAUUCUAGAUGACUUACAGCUGGACAGUGGGGUGCAUGGGAAGGGCAGCGGUGCAAUGGGUAGCAGAGUGGCCACAGGUGCAGGGGUGAAGCAGCGCACAAGGUCAGCACCUGCUUCCACAUCCCGCACCUCCCGCAGCACAAGUCCUAUCAAGCAUAGGCCAGAGACAGCUGAAGCCCCACCAAGGACGCGACACUAUGAUGCCAACUCGGUACGCCAGUACAUCACUCGGCAGCAAGAGGAACGCAGGAAGAGGCAGCAGGAAGAGCGGAGGGCACAGAGGCAGGAGGCCGAGCGCCGGAAUCAUCGCUUGCAGGAACUCUACAGGAAGCAGAGGGAAGGUGUGUCCAGGGUCCCCCCAACCCAUGAAGGUGCCCCACAGAAGCGUCUGCAAGAGACUUACUCAAAGCUGCUGCUUGAGCAGGCCAAGCUGGAGCAAGACCUGCCCUGGACGCAGCCCAUACUGGAGAGUCUACAGCCCAAACCGCUUUAUCAGCCCUCAGGGGAGUCUGACAAGGAGAACAAGAGGUUAGACAGACCACAGAGCGCCUCAUCCAGUAGUGACCUCUCCCUGUCUGAACCGCCGGCCCCUCUGCUUACAAGAGCUGAGUUGGACCUUGGCCCAGCUUGGCUGCAAGCAGACAGCAUGAGACCUCCUUCAGAAGCAACCAGCUCUUUGGUGCCACCAGCUGGUCACCUCUUCACACAGCUUCUGGGCCUGGACACAGGAACUUCAGGGCUGAAAAGGCAGAACCAGAAUGUGCCACCUGCAGACGAGUUGACAAAGAGUAAAACGAGCCGCAUUGAGGCCCUGAAGGCGAAGGCAGCCUCUAUCUCCACCCGCAUUGAGACUGAGGCCCGCAAACUGGCUAUGGCUGGAAUCAGCAGUGGCCAUGCCUCUGGGCUCAUCAACACAAAUGCAGUGUUCUCCCCACAGGUUCCACAAGACAAGGGACCCUGGAUCAAACCCUGCAGCCCACCAGAGCGUGAGGAUACUAAGCCAAAUGAUCUGACACUUAAGCUCCAGCAGCUGCUGAGUGCUGGGCAGUCUGGCUGUGAUGGUACCCUCCCUGGGGUGGGAAACCUGCAUACCUUUGGGAACUUGACAGAAGCGGUCAAUGAAGUCAACAAGCCCAGGGCAGCCUCAGUGACCCACCUGGGUCCAGUCUCAUCACAUGAAUCUGAGCAUGAUGCUGGUCACCUUAACUCUAGUGUUGAAUCCAUCAGUGAGGGGCCCCUACUGAGUGAAGGUAGUCUGUCAGACCAUGACCAUGAUAUAAGCAUUGAAGGGAGUAUACCUAAACCAGUUCAGUGCAUUGGAAGCCCUGGGUUCUGUAUGGCUGAGCGAGAUGCUCUCCAUCCUAUCGCUCGCUUCCAGAGGGAGGCACAGAAGUAUCAUGCCUUUAGCUCACUGUCCCCAACAACAGAAAACAGGAGCCCAUGGGAGGAACUAGCAAAGGGGAGCCCCCACAGUGUCAUCAACAUCUUCACCAAGAACCUGCACAGCUACAGCAGUGCGAUUGAGCAAAAAGCAGACCAAGGUUCCCAAGCCACACGCCCGGCUAUAUCUGCUGCUAGCCCACUGGAUAGCAGAGGGUACGAGGACGAUUUUAUCUCCAGUCACAGUGCUGGUGGCACCAGCCAGUCAAGCAGGAGAUUACACAGCAGACUCAGUUCUGACCACAGUGUCUACAGUCCCCAUGAUGAGUUGCUGAACAGGAGGUCUCCGAGUGAUGUCCAGGCCAUGGAUUUGCAAUCUCUUCAUUCCUCAGGCUCCACACCUGUCUCUUCCCCACACUCAGCAGACUCCCUUCAAAAACAGGCUGUCAAAGCAUUGGAAGAAAAUUCAAUGGAACGCACGUUGGUGGAUGGCCAGAAGCCUACCUUAGAUGGCUCAGGUAGCCAAUCCCAGGAGUCCAAACAAGGCUCCCCUGGCAACAGUCAUCCCUGCAGUCCGGGGCAUGGCACAGACUCAGAUGCAACACUGCGCAGUGUUUCAGGCCUUUCUGCUCUCAGCUUGGUGUCAGAUGGCAAGAAGUCACCCAGGAGCCCAGCUCAGUCUGUCUCUCCAGCGUCUGGCUCUCCAGGGUCUCCCUCUCCAACACGCUCUUCUUCCCAGAAAACUUCACCGGAUACCACGUCUUCAGCUGGGGCCAGGCACAGAAAAGCACCUUCAUCAAAACCACCUAAUGCCCCAGGACCGUCGUCAGCCUCUUUGCCCUCUGUCCAGUCUGUUGUUGAUCCCAGUGCUUUGACUGGGCAUAGAGGUGAAGGAAGGGCAGAGUGUAAAACUACAGAUGAACUUCAGUACACACCAGGCGUGCUGCAGCAUCGCAUGUCUGCUGAGCUUAGCUACCUGGAUGCCAUUGAAGAAUCGGUGCGACAGCUGGCCGAUGUGGAGCGCCUGCGGGGAGUAUCUCUAGCCCAGCAGGAGAGUGUCUCUCUGGCCCAGAUACUCAAGGCACAGCAACAGAGACAUGAGCAUGACCUGUUGCUGUUGAAGCUAAAGGCUGAGAAGGAGGAGCUGGAGACUAGGCGGCAGCUGGAGGAGACUCGGCAGCGAGCUGCACGGGCCCAUGCUGAACUUCAGGAAAACGUGGCCAGAUCACGGCAAGAGUCUCUGGGCAGUCUGCAGGAAGCUACCACUAAGAUGAUUGGCCAGCAGGCAGAGGCUGUUCGCUACACAUCAGAUGCUGCCCGCCACAUCAGAGAGAUGACAGAGCUGGCACACUCCCACAUCGCACAGGCUCUGAAUGUCCCGGCCACCCCUGUUACUGCACUCUUUGAUCAGCAGCGGCAGCAACACCACAUGAGACAGAUUGAGUGUCAUGUUGCCACUGACAGCAGGAAGACCGAAGGUUCUUCACCAAGAUCUCGGACAGAGGAGUCCGUCUCCUCUCUCAACAGCCCCUCUGAAUCCACCGCCUCUAGGACACAUGCCCUAAGUACUAGCAGCAACGAGAUUGCCCAAGUAAACCUGUCCAGGUCUGACAGGCGGAAGAAUAGCAGUCUGUCCAUAAAGGAGGUGACUGGCAGUUCUGUGGAAGAGGAGGCUCAUGUGGCAGCAGACACCUCGGUCCACAGUGACAGCAUUCCUUCACUCCUGGAUGAGAAGGACAACACUUCAGUUGCCACAGAGUACUCCCUGAAGUUUGAUGAGUCAAUGACAGAGGAUGAGAUCGAGGAGCGUUCUUUUCGCUCGCUGCUGCCCUCAGAGUCUCAUCGCCGUGGCGCCGGCAUGGAAAAGAAGCGUGGCACGCAUGAGGAGUCAGAGGAUGAAGCUUGCCAAGAGAAGUCUAGUGUGCUUGAUGGUGGCAAGUCUCAGGAAGGGAGCGUGUCUUUUUCCAAUGGCCAGGACAGCUUCUCCAAGUUCACCAUGGACAUGGUACGCCAGUACAUGAAGGAGGAGGAGGUGAGGGCACAGCACCAGAACUCGUUGCUGCGGCUGCGGGAGAAGGCCCUGAAAGAGAAGACCAAAGCGGAGCUGGCCUGGCUGGAACACCAGAAGAGGCAUCUGAGAGAUAAGGGAGAAGAUGACAAGAUGCCGCCCAUUCGGAAGAGGCAGCGAGGCCUGUUGCUGAAGCUGCAGCAGGAACAGGCAGAGAUCAAGAGGCUGCAGGAGGCCAACAAGGCAGCAAGAAAGGAGAGGCAACUUCUGCUGAAGCAGCAGGAGGAGAUUGAGCGGCUGCGCCACACUACCCUUAAGAUCAAGGAACGCCUCAAAUCUGCAGGGGAAACACAGAUGGAAACUUCCACCAUGGAGGUCACAGAGGAUGUGGCCACACCUGUUCAAAGUAUGACAGACCUGGAUACACGCAGCCCCUCCCCCAUCUCUGUGUCAGGCAGCGAGACCAGCAGCAUCAUGCAGAAGCUGAAGAAGAUGCGCUGUCAUAUGGAUGAAAAACACUGCUCUCCUGUCCACUACUUCUUCUCUGUCUUUACGGCUCACCAUUGGGCCUCUCUCAGUGUCUGUUUCCCCAACCUCCAUCCCAAAUUCCAGCUGUUUAUCUACAGCCAGUUGGUCAGGUUCCUAACUAAGAGGGAACAACAGCUCAUGAGGCGACGGCGCCAUGCAGAGGAACUGCUAGAGUGGAAGCAGCGUCUGGAUGCUGAGGAAGCUGAAGUGAGGCGUAUGGAGAAACAAGCACUGGCAGCUUGGGAUGGGGAGCAUCAGCGGGAUAAGCGCCACCGCAGGGAAAGCGCCAGCAUUGCUGUAGCUGCUGUCCCUAAGAGUCCGGAGGCAGCCCAGGAGCUAGCCAAGGACAGUCACUCUGCAGAUAAUAUAGUCUCCAGCCUGCCCACUGAGCCUUCUGUGCCUGAGGACCUGGACAGUCCAUCCACAGACCACCCUGUUUCUGAGUUGCCCUCACCUCAUAAGGACAGUAGCCAGGAUGAACAUUCUGUUUACUCUCAAGACUUUGACUCCAGCUCAGAGAGCAAGGUGUCUCCAAUAUGGAAAGCCGUAGACAGUGUGUCUAGACAUCCUGAGAGCAGUGGAGCCAACAAGAGCAGUGGCAGCAGAUCACUAUACAGUUCCAUCUCUUUGGCUGCACCCAUUGAGCCCUCCGGUGAGCAACGCUCGACUCCACCAUCCGAGCCAACAUCUGACCAGAGUGACAUUGAAAGCCGCAUCCGUGCCCUCAAGGAAGAGCUGCGCAAACGCAAGUCCGUCGUCUGUCAGCUUAAAAAAGAACAGAGGAAGCGUCACAAAGAGCGCCUCAAAGCCCAAGAAGCAAGCUUGCUGAAGCAGCUGGAGUCCUAUAAUGAAUUCAUUCAGAAGACCAAGGCUGAGUUGGAUGAAGACCUAGACAUGAUACCCACAACUAAACCCCAGAUUAAAACACCAACAUCAGCCACAGAAAAACCCCGAAUUAAACCACCACCUGUUCAAAGGCCGGAAACAAGCAAACACUUUAAAGUUGUUACAGAGUUAGAGAAGGAAAAGAAAGUCCAAUUGGAUUCUCAAGCAGAAUUUGAUGACAUCACACCAUCUGGCCAUAGUAAAUUUACCUUUAUGAGUGAAGAAGGAUCCUCAGAGGAUGAUCACUCAACAAUGACACCAACUCCUGUGCUGAAAAGUCCAGACCACUUUAGUGGUUUGAAGAAUUUAAUAUCAUCAGAACUUCACUCCUAUUCUCUAUCUGAACAAGUGCAAGCCCAGGAAAAACUCGCCAAACCCAUUGCAGACUCUGGUGAAGAGGUUGACACCUCCAGUCAAAAAUCAGAAGUGGAAGAACAGCUAGAAUGCUUGAAAUCUGACAAGUCUGCAGGUGACAGUUCUCACUUGCUCAAAGUGGUCCAAGAGCAGCAACCCAGAAUCCAACAGGAGGAUUCACUAAAAGAUGACUUAUCUGCUAGGAGCAGUGAAGGAGGGCUUUUGUCGAAGAGCACCUGUGAUGAUAUAGAGAAUGUUAUUGAAAAGGAAGACCUCCUGUCUAGCAACUCGCAUUCAAAUAAAUUGAAAUCAUUGCAUGAAGAACAGGAGCAAAAAGGCAGAGACGAGCACUUGUCUGAGAUUAAUAGCUCCAUCAAGGAGCAUCACUAUACUCCUGAAUUUGACAUUCUGCUACCAGACAAUGACAGGCAAGUGAUAAAGGAGGAACAUUCUGAUGCAUACCUUGAUGAUUUUGAAUCUUCAGCAGAUUCAUCUCCUCAUGAGGGUUAUCAAGACUCUAAACCAAGUUCACAUGCAGCACUGGACAAAAAAGAAGAAACUUUCAGUAGGUCUCAUACAUAUACCACUGAGGAAGACAUUGGUGAGGAGCUUGGUGAAAUAUCAUUUGCUACCAGUGGCUCCUCUCAUUCUGGUGUGAUUUUAGAUGUGAAAUCUCAGGCAGUGCUUUCUGAUAAAACUGAGAGAGAGAACAAGGAAGGGGUCGGAAGUCUUAGGCAUUCACCCUCAGUUUCACCUCCCCAGUCUCCAAUGUUCGACUUUAACAUUGGAGACAGAGUCCUUGUGAGUAAUGUGCAGCUAGGAACACUAAGGUUCAAGGGACUAGCUAGCUUUGCCAAAGGAUUCUGGGCUGGAGUGGAGCUUGAUGAGUCUGAGGGUAGCAACAACGGCACCUAUGAUGGGGUAGUUUACUUUGAAUGUAAAGAACGGCAUGGCAUCUUUGCUCCGCCGGAUAAAAUAUCUCGGGUUCCAGAGAAACUUGAGGUCUUUGUGGACACUAGUGAAGAUGAGGACUCUUUUGAUGAACCAUCUGACAGCAUGACCAAGAAGGAGCAUGAAGCAAAGGAGGAUCGGGGUAAGCUCACAGAACUACAAGACACAAAACAAGAUGAGUCAAAGAGCAGUGGUUGCUUAGAAAACAAGACACCUUCUGACAUGAAUGAAGCCACAGCUGGAUACCCCACAAAACAAACUGUGUUCAGUGAAAUGAAGAUGUCAAAACAAUCUGAGUUUGAACUAUAUGAUCUCAAAACAAAUACUACUAAACUGAAUGGAGCACUCCAUCCAACUCCCAACGGAACCAGCAGGAGCAUCAUCUUGGAGUUUGAAGAUAUAUCAAAUGAUGACUAUGAUCUCUUAAUUACAGAGGCAAGAAAUGAAACUGUAGGGGAGAUAGAAAAGGCUUCCACUCCAAUCUUGGACCUCUUGGCUAGAGAGAAAGACAACCUUGAGACUCAACAAAUAUCUUCCCUCUCUCAUCAGACUCCUGAGGCAGAAUCAUUUAAAAACACAGAUGCUGAAAAAAUCCUUGAUGAGAAAAAUAUCAGCAGUUUUGCUGAUAACCUCCUUAACAACUUUUUGAUGGAUGCAAUUAAGCAAUUACAAAAUAUUAAAAAAAACAAAACUGAGAAGAUAACAGUUUCUAAUCAGUUGGCAGGUGAAAAUGGGACAGGUGACCUCCAAGAAACAACCACUGAUCAUGUAGGUCCCUGCAUUACACAAUCAUAUCUUAUCCCCAGUUUCAUAGAAGAUGGGCAGGAAGUCCCCUCUCCAGAACUCUACAUUCGUCCGGAGAGCCCUGUGCUGGGGGCCAGUGGUCAGGAGGAGCUGGCCAAGCGUUUGGCUGAGCUGGAGCUGAGCAGGGAGCUACUGGAUGAUCUUGGCGAUGAACAGGACUGGUUUGACGAGGACUUUGGCCUCAGUUCACGAAAAGAGCAACAGAAACGCCAGCAGUCCCUGUCCUCUUCGGGCCCUGUUGCCUUUGAGGGAGGGGAAAGGACCAAGAUCUUGGCCAAGCCUGAGCACCCCCAGCACGCUAAACCUACAGAGGAGCCAGCCAUGGUGGUGCCACACACCUCACUAGAGGUGAAACAGCUUGUGCACUCUGCCACACAGGUGAUCUGGAACAGCUGCAGUCUGGGCCAAAGCCUGCCCAAUCUUGUGGGAGUCUCCAUCCCAAUUGCCCCUGAAGACUAUUAUGGGUGUAAUGCCCAUGAUCAGGACCUAGAGAGCCUCAGCAAACGCAGCUACAGACAGGUUGUGUUUGACUUAACUUGGGAGAUCAUACAGGAGAUCUUUGCAGAGGAUCCUAAUGCCCAUCAACCCCAGUGGGUUAAGCCCCGUCGCAUGAAUUCCUCAUACUUCCAUCGCGUGAAAUGCCCUAGCGAUAUUUCUGAGGUGCAGGACUUUGUCACCAAUGAGGUUUUAAAGCUGCUUGGCCUAAAGAAAGACCAGAACCAAAAAACUGAUUGGCAAAAGAUGCUGAAAUUUGGGAGGAAGAAGCGAGACAGAGUGGAUCAAAUUCUGGUUCAAGAGCUACAUGAAGAGGAGUCUCAGUGGGUUAACUAUGACGAGGACGAGCUCUUCGUGAAGAUGCAGUUGGCUGACGGAAUCUUUGAUGCCUUAAUGAAGGACACUAUUGAUGUCUUCCUCCAAAUUCAGGAGAAGCAAGCAAAAAGAAUCUUUUCAUAAAAGUGUGAACUUUAAUUUUCAAAGAUGAUAACAGACCCUCCAACAAACUUCCAAACCCAACGUGCCAAUAAUUUCCUCUUGCCUUCACUCGCAUACCUUGGGCAGCCUUACCCUAAACUUUUUUCUGAAAAACAGUACUCUUCUUUUCUUACUUGAAAACAGUUUCACCAAACGAAUAUGAAAUCCAGCUUUUUACCAAUUUAAACAUUUUUAAAGUGCAUUUUGGGUGGCUUGGCCUUUUCAUCUGACCUCCAAAAUAUCACAUGCUGGACUAUCGCUGUUUCUACGACAGGGUUCGGUUUGAAUGACCUGAGUAAUGGACCUAAGCUUGAUUUGUUGCUGCUAAACAAACUUCUCAAUAGGGACAUUCUCUCUUGCCUUUCUUGUGGGAGGUUUUGAAAAAUUGGUUGAAAAUGCAUUAUUGAAAUCUUUAGCUCCUGCAAAGUCCCAGUUUUCACAACAUAAAGAUGAACUGGAGAAAUUAACGAAAAUUUUUAUUUUGUAUAAGACGCAUGUUUUCUAUUCUUGCGUCCACUAGAUUACUGUAUUCUGAUAGGGUUGAUGCAUUUUUCAGUUAGGUAAAAUACUGAAUAUUGUACCUAAUUUACUACCAGUAGCAUUAUGACCACUAGGCUCAGACAUAAGACAACCCUGAAAUACUGUUUGAAUUUACACACUGUGCAGAGUUUUGUAAUAUAUUUUAUGAAAAUGGUAGAAAGGACUGAGGACUAAAAACUACAGCAUUUUGAGUUUGUACAAAACCUUUUCACUCUAAUCACACAACUCAAACGUAGUUACCGGAAGGUAGUCAGAUUGGUGCUUUAAGAUGCAUAAAAACUGUCAUGCAGAACUUGGACCACAAGAUUUGCCUUUUUACUUAAGUUUUUAAGUGCCUCCAUGGUUAUGAAUUUUUGUGUAAGCCCUUAUUUGGCCCACUGUGAAGGUUUUUAUUCUGUUCAGUGUGUAUAAUUAGAAUAAAAUGGUAUACAUGUAGAUAUACAUGUAGUUGCAUGUAUAGUAUUUUAUUCUUACCCUUAACAGCAAUAAUUUCCAUUUCCAGAUGGGCAAGGCUUUGUUCUCUGUAACAUCAUUGUAGUUUUUUCCAGUGAAAUGUCAGUGGUGUUUGCUGCCAACAGUUGCCCUAAUUGCCUUGUUUAUUUCAUCAGUCCGUAUUAUUGAUGGUACAUAACGUGAAGUAUAAUUUGAAAGCCACAGAAGUUUAAAAUGUAAUUUAAUAUUUAUUAAUCUGUGGCAGGAUUCCAGUAUACAUGUUAUAAAAGCGUAGCAUUAAAACUGGAGUAUACUUUCCACCUGUCACGUACACAGUGGGUAUUACAUCUUACUAGCUAGUGAGUCAUGGAUUGAUUUGAAUUUCAUAGAGAACAGCAAUUGUUCAGUGACUUGUUUUGACUACUGCGUACAGCUGAAAAUAGUACAUUACAGAAAUUAUCUCCAACUACAUCCUGGCACAUUCGUGAGAACAUGACAAGGCAUGACACAUUUGCGAUUAGUACAUUAAGUGUCCUUAGGUGAGAGGUAGGCAGUCCUGUAUAAUCGGUCAUGUUUAAAUUUUGCUGAGUUAACUGGCCAUUGAGCGAAGGUGGUUUGCACAGGUGUUGGGGUCAUGUACAAAACCCAUGGAAGAAAAGCAUGUUUUAUGUGUACUUUUAGUAUGAAAUCUAGGGUUAAUCUCUGACUAUUUGUUGCCCAUUUUCAGAAGCUGUAUCUAGUAAGUGCUGUUGCUGAACACCUCUUUUUUUUUUUUCUUUUUUUUUUUUAUGUACUGUGGAAUUUGUUGCUUCUGUUUUUGCUUGGGGUACUGUUUUUGAAUCAUCUUCUGCCUAACUAUGCAUUAUUUCUAGUACUGAUUGAUUUAUAGAUCUUAGUCUCUACAUUUGUGGGCAUGGACCAGGAGAAAGCCAAACUACAGUCUGUGAGUUUAUUAACAGUGGACCUUGUAAAAGACUGCAAAUUAACAGCCUGCUUUUUCCUGCACCCCCACUGAACAGUCCUCAUAGUGUCGUGUUAUAGAGGGUAACGCACAGCCACACACAACUGGCUGUACAUUGGACCUUUAAGAUAAUUGAAACUACAUUUUCCUCAGAUUAAAGCACAAAUGGUUCCAUUUAUCUUGAGUAUGUUUUUGCAAUUUUAGAAAUGUAAUUAUUUAUAAUGACAAUUUACUGUGAGUGAUACAGAUGCACUUGAAGGCUUGUGAAUUGUUACAUGGAUGUAAAUAUACGAGAUUACUGUCCAAUUUGAUCAGACACCCGUAUUAACCUGUUAGAUUAUAUUAAGAUCUGGUUCUAUGUGAAUGCAAAUGUGUAUAUAUUAUAUAUUUGUGGACUAAACUGAUCAUUGAAAUUGUAAAUAAAGGGGUUUGUAUUUCUAAA